AUGGUGGAUAAAAAUAUGAUCACGUUGCUUGAGUUGUUCCAGAACGAUCCGCACAGAACAGAAAAAUUCAUUCUGAAGGUUGAAGUGGGUGACGAGGCCCUGCACUUUGAUUACACAAAGACACACAUAGACACGAUGCUUUUGUACGAGCUCAAACGUAACUUCAAGAAUUACAAGGGAAUAAAGGGAAUGUUCAACAAGGAGGAGAUUAACUUUACAGAGCACAGAAAGGUACUGCACAUCGCGUUGAGGAAUAAGAAGGUACUUGAGGCGGUGGAAAGGAAUAGUGACGGCAGAAAUCUGUGUGAAGAGGAGCAGCUCGUGUUCCGUGAGCUCAAAAAAAUGCGCGAGUUCGAGAAAAAGUUCCAGAAAGGAGAAAUAACGGGUGUUACGGGUAAAAGAUUGCGCAAUGUGGUGAACAUCGGAAUAGGGGGCAGCGACCUUGGUCCGCGGAUGGUUACAGAUGCACUGGAUUUCUACAAAAAAGACGGCGUAAAGGUGUUUUACAUCUCAAACAUCGAUUCUACAGGGACAGAACGCGUGUUCAAGGAAAUAGAUCCGGAGGAAACGCUGUUUAUCGUGGUUAGUAAGACGUUUACAACGUUGGAGACACUUGCAAAUGCAACAUUGGCCUUGAAACUGAUGGAGGAACGCCUGAAUGUGGAUAAGCGAGAGAUUGCCAACAAGCAUUUUGUUGCGGUGAGUGCUAACAAAGACGAGGUCGAAAAAUUCGGAAUAAAGAACAGCUUUGACAUGUGGGACUUUGUGGGCGGGCGCUUUUCGCUGUGGUCAGCUGUUGGACUAUCCAUCGUGCUUUACAUAGGUUUCACGAAUUUCUUGAGCUUGUUGAAGGGAGCAUCGGUCAUGGAUGAGCAUUUCGAAAACACAAUGACUGAAAAGAACGUGCCCAUAAUGCAGGCAUUGAUAGAAAUUUACUACACCAAUUUUAGGAAAUACGACAGCAAAUGCAUCGUUGCGUAUGACGAAUAUCUCAAGGAUUUAUAUUCGUAUUUGCAGCAGGCCGAGAUGGAGAGCAACGGAAAAAUGGCCACCUUCUCAGGAUCGGUAUCGUGGAACACGGGUAUGAUCAUAUGGGGUAGUGUGGGCACCAGUGCACAACAUUCCUUCUUCCAGCUACUGCACCAGGGAACACGACGAGUACUGGUCGAGAUUCUUCUGCCGCUGCAGCCGCUGAACGACCAAAAGGUGAUGGACCACUCGCAUUUUGAAAUGCUAUUUGCAAAUGGUGUCGCUCAGUCACAGGCUUUGAUGGUCGGUACCGAAACAUCCAACAACCACAAAUACUUUGGUGGCAAUAGACCGUCAAUAACGAUAUGCUACACGAAGCUAACACCAGCUGUUCUUGGUGCGCUCAUCGCAUUCUAUGAGCACAAAAUAUUUGUGCAAGGCUUAUAUUGGUGCAUCAAUUCGUUUGAUCAGUUUGGCGUAGAACUGGGAAAGAAGCUGGCAAAGGAAGUUCUUAGUCACAUCGACAACGAGCCGAAUGAUGUAGAUGCUAGUACUAAGAACCUCAUAAAUAUGUACAAAUCCUAUACUAAAUAAAGUAAGAUGUCCUG